CUUAGCUGUAGGGCAGUAGCGGUGGGUUUGAAAUACUAUCGAAGGUUGUGGUAAUUAUUUUGCCUCCCCCUCUCGAACACGAAGCGUCUCAGAUAUCUCUCUCAGGCAUAGCAAAUUUCAAACCCUAGAACGAUCCAGUCGUCCUCGUCUUCUACGGUGAAAUGGCUCGGACCAAACAGACUGCUCGGAAAUCCACCGGAGGUAAGGCUCCAAGGAAACAGCUCGCCACCAAGGCGGCAAGGAAAUCGGCGCCCACUACCGGCGGUGUCAAGAAGCCUCACCGUUAUCGGCCCGGAACCGUCGCUCUCCGAGAAAUUCGCAAGUACCAGAAAAGUACUGAACUUUUGAUUCGCAAGCUGCCCUUCCAACGCCUUGUUCGUGAAAUUGCACAGGAUUUCAAGACGGAUUUGAGGUUCCAAAGCCAUGCCGUGCUCGCCCUUCAGGAGGCUGCAGAGGCCUACCUUGUUGGUCUUUUCGAGGAUACAAAUCUCUGUGCAAUUCAUGCCAAGAGGGUGACCAUAAUGCCCAAGGACAUCCAGCUUGCUAGGCGAAUUCGUGGCGAAAGGGCGUAGAUGUUGCUUGACUUGCUUCUUCACUUAGGUUUUGUUUCAUCAGCUCUUACUAUAACAAACUCUUAGCAGUUAUUACCACCAUCUGUAGUGUAGCAUUUUAUUCUAAACAGCUGUGUAUUAGACCACUUUCUGAUCGUCUAUGUUAUUCCCCUUAAUGAUAUAUCUUUCCCCAUUAUUUUAUUUUAAUUAAAAGUUUAUUUUGUGGUGUUGA